CUGCAUCUGAUACGAGAGUAGCCUGCGUGCUGUGCAACAAUGUGACGGCAUCCUUGUCACGCCAAUACAUGCUCUCCUGAGCCUUCUGCGAUGUCUGGAAACCCUUUCCGAAAAGGUGUCUGGCCUCUCAUUGUUUGGCGACAUCUCCAAGGUUGCACCGACAGAAGGAGCUUGGGAGGCUCGGCUUGGCAAAGUCUCGGCCACUCUCCACCUCACUUCCGCUCGCAUCCAACCACAACCACUUCCGCUUCCCCACUCACCACCAUACUCCCAUGAAGCUCACCAACCUCCGCUCAUGGCUGCUCGAGCCACCCCUCAUGUUACCCCUCGCCCUCUCCGCGAUCUACAGCCUGCCCCUCCUCGCCCCGUGCUGCUGCAUCCCUCAGCCGUAGCCGCUGCGUCUCCCCCACCUCCAACCGGCACCUGCUUCUUUGACCUCCCGGCAGAAAUCCGCAUCCAGAUAUACACGCUCAUCCUCGAGAACGUAAUCAUUCACAUCACGCCCACGGCCCGCCCAAGUUCUCCCCACGCAACAGCGACCAUCAACAACUCCGAAGACAAAGGCAGCAGCAGCAGUAAUGACGCCUCAAUGCAGCACCAUCCUCACGCCCUCCUCCUCACCAGCCGCCAAAUCCGCCUGGAAACCCAGCCCUUAAUGCAGUCCCUCUGCCCCAUCAAAGCAGCCGUGACGGACUUUGACUUUUCCGGCCUACUCACCUGGCUCGCCCGUAUCCCAUCAGCGCAGCAAAGCCAGCUGACCAAGAACACGCGUCUGUGCGUGCAGCUAUGUACUACAUCGAAGGUGCCGGGAGACUUGCCGACGCUACGGCGGUGGCUGCAUGAUCGCGCGGACAAAUGUCGGCCGGUGAUGAAGUGGAACUACAGUGGCGCGCGGCCAAGCAAUAAGGUCGGGAGUGAUUUGCGGCGCAGACUGAAGAGGAUGAAGGAGGCGGGGAAGCGGGGAGAGCUGGAGAGGAUGUUGAUUGCGAUUCGUGUGAGUGUGCCAAGGUUGGGGGAGAGUGGAGAGGAAGGGGAGGAGGAGGACGAAUUGUAAUGUGGUUGGGAGUGAAGUGACGAAGUCCGCUUGGAGUGGAGAGGCACAUGAGACUGUGGACGCAUGGCAAUGGCUGGUCUUUCGGUAUUGCUCCGAGGAAGUUGACAGAUGCGUACUCUUGGUACUU